AUGGCAGCAUCCGUGCCGCCGGCCACCAAUGCCGGUAAUGCCACAAAUGGACUCAAUAGCAACCAGAUCCUGGCGUCGACGCCUACUGCAUCGAACGCUCAAACCUCUCAGAACUUCUCCUCCCUCGUAUCCCGCGUCUUAAGCACCUCCGGAAAGGAGCCACCAUCGCUUGUCGGCUCCUCCACCACCAUUGUUGGCGACCACCUCUACGUUUUCGGCGGCCGCAUACUCUCCAAGAACCGACCCCAACUCACAUCCGAUAUGUAUCUGUUAAAUCUCCUAACACGGGCUUGGUCUAAAGUUGAGCAGUUUGGAGAGAUACCGGCUCCGAGGUAUUUCCACUCGGUGUGUGCUCUUGGUGAUACCAAGUUGGUUUGUUUCGGUGGAAUGAGUCCUGCGGGAGGAAAUGCCGUGGACGGAAUACCACAGACCCCACAAGGCGAAAGCGGAGCAAACGAGGUGGUAGUCAUGUCUGAUAUUCAUAUAUUCGAUAUCCAGACGAGGACAUGGUCGUAUGUGCCGCAAGCAGAGCCCCCAGAAGGAAGAUACGCGCAUUGUGCGACCAUACUACCGACUUCAGCCGUUUUUUCCACAUUAACUGGGGUAGCAGCAGCUUUUGACAGUGGAGUUAUCGACGGAACCGGGGGUGCGGAGAUGAUCAUUGUGGGGGGCCAAGAUUCGGCCAAUCAUUACAUCGAAGAGAUCAACGUGUUCAAUCUACGAAGUCUUAAGUGGACCAGCACGAACUCGUUGGAUAGAUCGUGUGGUGCGUACCGGAGCGUAGUUACCCCGUUGGGCCCAACUCUGUCGCCUGAAGCUAUCGGGGCAGGGCGUCCAGAGGCUGAUGCUGAGGGCGAUGCUGCACGUGCUGUUACACCUUCGGAUACGAAUGCUAUGCUUAUCUACUCAAACUACAAUUUCCUGGACGUUAAAUUAGAGUUACAAAUUCGGUAUCAUGAUGGAAAGUUGGUGGAGAAGCCGAUGAAUGGACUCGUUUCACCACCUGGUUUACGAUUCCCGAACGGCGGCGUUAUCGACUCCCACUUUGUCGUGUCUGGCACCUAUCUCACCUCAUCGAAACAAGAGUAUGCGCUGUGGGCGUUGGAUCUGCGAACCUUGACAUGGUCAAGGAUAGAUGCUGGACAGGUUUUCUCACAGGGCAGCUGGAACAGAGGUAUUCUAUGGAAGAAACGUAAUAGGUUUAUCAUCCUUGGAAACAAGCAGCGGAGCCUAGUGGAGGACUACAACCACCGAAGAAUCAAUUCGUCGCAUUUGUGCAUGGUAGAGCUCGAAGCUUUCGGUAUUUACGAAAACCCCAGAAAGUCGCUGCAAUAUCCAGGCCCAAAAAACUUCUCGAAGCAAGCGCAGGAGCUAGGAAGAUUGGUAUUGGGAUUGAAAGAUAUGGCAGAUAUGGAAUUUCUGUCGAUUGAUAAUGCCAGUAUUCCCGUCAACUCUAGAAUCAUCGCCAGGCGGUGGGGACCGUAUUUCAUCGAAUUGCUGCACACAGCCACUACACCACACCAGCCGAAUUCUGGCGAUAAGGUCGCUAGACCACAAUCUCCAUCAUUGCUCGAAAGUCCGCCGAGUGCAAAUAUGCUACCCCCUUUCUCGCGACCGAGGACCCUUUAUCUCCCACAUACUCACCAGACCCUCCUCACACUCGUCCAUUGGUUCUACACUUGCUCUCUGCCACAGGCGAAUCACCCACAGUCUAGCCCGCAGGUUUUAUGCUCCUUGUUGCAAAUAGCUCGAGCUUAUCGUAUUGAAGGGCUCUUGGAGGCAGUCGUGGAAAGGCUGCACCAAGUUCUCGAUAGCAGGAAUGCAGCCGCUGUUUUCAACGCGGCAGCAAUGGCCGCAGGUGGAGGGGCUGCAUUAAGACUGAAGAAAUUGAACUUGCUUGGAGAUGCUGACGGUAUUAAAUUGAAGAAAUUGAACAAUAUCGGUGAUGUACCGGACGUCAACGGAGACGCAAAUCAUCACAGUCCUGCAUCAGAUGGACCGAUCUUAGAGGAAGGCGAAUUGGGAGGAGACGAUGAAGCAUGGGAUGGAAGGGGCGGCGUAAGCCCGGUUGUUGGGCUGCAGAAGCGUGGACUGAGAGGGUUGAUGGACAGCAGGCGGGUAAGGGAACGAGGAAGGAGCAUGGGUGCGAAUGCAAUGAUGGGUAGUGCGGGUGGGUCAGCUAGUAACCAGGGUGGCCAGCAACCUGCAGGACAAGGACAGGUUCAAACGCCCGUCAGCGCUACGAUAGGACCUUCACCCUUGGGUCACAAUCAAUCGAACAUUGGUAUAAACGGGUUCUUCGGGGCCGGUUAA